AUGGCGACAGGGGCUGCCCCGAUCAACCUCCAAAACCUGGGCAUCCAAAAUGCCAACAUCACCUUCACCAACGUCACGCUGGAGUCGGAGAAGUACAUUUGCGUGCGGGAGACCUCCCCCACUAAUCAGCUGGUGAUCAUCGACCUGAGCAACCCCAGCUCGCCCCAGCGCCGCCCCAUCACCGCCGACUCGGCGCUGAUGAACCCCGGCUCCCAGAUCAUCGCUUUGAAGGCCGCGGUGCCCGGCGUGACGGGGGACAACCUGCAGAUCUUCGACCUGGCGGCCAAGGCCAAGCUGAAGAGCGUGCAGUUCCCGCAGUCGGUUGUGUUCUGGAAGUGGGUGAGCCCGGGCCGCCUGGGCCUGGUCACCGCCACCUCGGUCUACCACUGGGACCUGGAGGGGGACGCGCCGCCUGCCAAGGUCUUCGAUCGCGCGGCCAACCUGGAGGGCACCCAGAUCAUCACCUACCGCGUGGACGCGGCGGGGAGGUGGUGCGUGCUGGUGGGCAUCGCGCCGGGCGCGCCCGACCGCCCCGCCCUGGUCAAGGGCUUCAUGCAGCUGUACAGCGUGGACCAGGCACGGAGCCAGGCGCUGGAGGCCCACGCCGCGGCCUUCGCCAGCCUGGCCCUGCCCGGCCGCGCCGACCCGGUGCCGGUCAUCGCCUUUGCCCAGAAGACGGCGGCGGCGGGGGGGGCGGUGACCUCCAAGCUCCACGUCAUCGAGCUGGGCCUGCCCGGGAAGACCAGCCUCAAGCGCAGCGCGGAGCUCUUCUUCCCCCCGGAGUUCGCCGACGACUUCCCCGUGUCCAUGCAGAUCGGGGACAAGUACGGCCUGGUCUACGUCGUCACCAAGCUCGGCCUGCUCUUCGUCUACGACCUGGAGACGGCCACCGCCAUCUUCCGCACCCGCAUCUCGGCCGACCCCUUCUUCAUCGCUGCGCCCGCGCCCUCCACCGGCGGCUUCGUCGCCAUCAACCGCCGCGGGCAGGUGCUGGCGGGCGGCCCCGCGCCGGACGCCAUCAUCCCCUUCAUCGCGGGGCAGCUGCAGAAUGUGGAGCUGGCGCUGGCCCUGGCCCAGCGCGGCAACCUGCCUGGCGCGGAGGGCCUGGUGGUGCAGUCCUUCCAGCGGCAGUACGCAGCGGGGCAGUACCGCGAGGCUGCCGAGACCGCGGCGCGGUCGCCGCAGGGGUCGCUGCGCACGCGCGAGACGGUGGAGGCCUUCAAGCGCGUGCCCGCCGUCCCAGGGCAGACCUCCCCCCUCCUGGUCUACUUUGGAACGGUGCUGGCGCGCGAGGCGCUGAACGCGUACGAGAGCGUGGAGCUGGGACGCCUGGUGCUGGCCCAGGGCAAGAAGCCGCUGCUGGACGGCUGGUGGCGCGACGGCAAGCUGUCCGCGAGCGAGGAGCUGGGCGACCUCUUCCGCGGCGCGGGCGACUGGGACGCGGCGCUGGCCGUGUACCGCGCCGCGGGGGCGCAGGGCAAGGUGGUGGAGGCCCUGGCGGCCAAGGGCGACUUUGAGGAGCUGGGGCGCUAUGCGGCCACCACCGGCUCCCAGCCUGACUACCUCUUCCUGCUGCAGAGCCUGCUCCGCGACUCGCCGGAGGCGGCGGUGGGCCUGGCCAAGGCCGUGGCGCGUCAGCCCGGCCCGCCCCUGGACCUCAACACCAUGGCGGACCUGUUCCUGCAGCGCAACGCCGUCAAGGAGGCCACCGCCUUCCUGCUGGACGCGCUGGCCGACGACGCGCCCGCCCACGCCGCGCUGCAGACCAAGCUGCUGGAGAUCAACCUGGUGACGGCGCCGGCGGUGGCCGACGCCAUCCUGGGCGCGGGCGGGCUCACGCGCUACGACCGCCCCCGCGUCGCGCAGCUGUGCGAGAAGGCGGGCCUGUACGCGCGCGCGCUGGCGCACUACACCGACCUGGCCGACAUCAAGCGCGUGCUGGGCAACGCGCGCGCCAUCGACCCCGCCGCGCUCGUGGAAUACUUUGGCACGCUGUCCGCGGAGUGGGCGCUGGACUGCCUGCGCGUGCUGCUGGAGGCCGACCCGGCGGCCAACCUGGAGCUGGUGGUGCGCGUCGCGCGCGAGUACAGCGAGCAGCUCACCGUGGCGCGCAUCGUGGCGCUGUUCGAGGCCGCCGGGUCCUGGGACGGCCUCUACUUCUUCCUGGGCGGCGUGCUGGCGGGGAGCGAGGACCCGGAGGUGCACUACAAGUACAUCGAGGCCGCGGCGCGCACGGGCCAGGUGAAGGAGGUGGAGCGCGUGACGCGGGAGAGCUCCUGCUACCCCCCCGACCGCGUCAAGACCUUCCUCAUGGAGGCCAACCUGCCCGACGCGCGGCCCCUCAUCAACGUCUGCGACCGCCACGGCUUCGUCCCCGACCUCACGCUGUACCUCUACAAGAAGUCCAUGCUGCGCUACAUCGAGGGGUACGUGCAGAAGGUGUCCCCCGCCAAGACCCCCGCCGUGGUCGGCGCCCUGCUGGACGCCGAGGCCGACGAGGCCUUCAUCACCAACCUGGUCCUCUCCGUGCGCUCGCUGGUGCCCGUGGCCGAGCUGGUGGAGGCGGUGGAGUCGCGCAACCGGCUGAAGAUGCUCAACCCGCUGCUGGAGCAGCUGGUCAGCGAGGGGUCGCGCGACCCUGGCGUGCACGACGCCCUGGGCAAGAUCAUCGUGGACGCCAACACCAACCCGGAGCACUUCCUGACCACCAACCCCUACUACGACUCGCUGGUGGUGGGGCGCUUCGCCGAGCGCCGCGACCCGGGCCUGGCCUGCGUGGCGUACAAGCGCGGGCAGUGCGACGAGGCGCUGGUGGCCUGCACCAACAAGCACGCCAUGUUCAAGCUGCAGGCGCGGUACGUGGUGGAGCGCGCCGACGCCGGCCUCUGGGAGAGCGUGCUGGGGCCGGAGAACGCCAGCCGGCGCCAGCUCAUCGACCAGGUGGUGUCCACCGCGCUGCCGGAGUGCAAGAACCCGGAACAGGUGUCGGUGGCGGUCAAGGCCUUCAUGGGCGCCGACCUGCAGGCCCCCCUCAUCGAGCUGCUGGAGAAGAUCGUGCUGAACAACUCGUCCUUCAGCAACAACCACAACCUGCAGAACCUGCUCAUCAUCACCGCCAUCAAGGCCGACAAGGCGCGGGUGAAGGACUACAUCCACCGCCUGGACAACUUUGACGGCCCCGCAGUGGGCGAGAUCGCUGUGGGCUAG